UUUGACUUGAGGGUCCCACGAGAAGGAGCACCGUUGCCAGAUUUGUUGUUGCUUCUCUGGCGAAACCUCCCUUUGAUCGAUAGUAGUUGUGUUAGAAACAGGGUGAAAUAAUGGGUUGUGCCCAAUGACCUAAGUACCUUCAGUCAUGAAGGCUUUUGUUGUGUUCAUUUUGUUAGCGUUUUGGUGCUGUGGCUUCGUCCUGGAGAGCGUGUCUGGCGAGGCGAGACGCCGGCCAGGCCGGAAGAAGGGUUCAAAGAAUGAAUUCAGUGAUUAUGACCAAGAUGACUUGAUACCUAUUCCCGAUCAUAUGUUGAAAAAUGGUGAAGUUCAUUACGACGAUGUUGAUGAAGGCAACGACGUGGACUAUAUCGAUCAUCGCGUGGUUUCGGACAAAGAUGAUUCCUCACCCCAUGUGUCCACCGAGGCCUCAUCUCAAUCAUUUGGCGAUGGCAGCCUCCUGCCAAGUGUUCUGCCCUCCACCAACCUGACCCAAAGCGCUUUGCCAAUUUUUCUCAAGGAGCCUCUGGAUACAUUUGUGACCAAAUCCCAGACCGCCGAGGUCCACUGUCGCGUGGCUCAUGCUCUCAGUGUCCACUUUCAGUGCAAUUCUGUCCAAGAAAAGCCCACUCGGUUAGAGCAUCACGUGGAACCAGAGACGGGGGUGCGAUACAUCGAAGCCACACUCAAGAUUAACCGUGAUCAAGUGGAGGAAUUCUUUGGGGAUUUCCAUUGCGCUUGCAUGGCCGUGUCUGGGAAAGGUCCGAAGAUCUCUCGACAUGCUCUUAUUACAUAUGCCUAUCUACGUAAACAAUUCGAAACGCCUCCUUACUCACAACAAGUGGCCGUGGGAUCUUCAGUUCAAAUGCGAUGUCUUCCCCCCAAAGGCAAGCCCACACCGACCGUCUAUUGGUUGAGGGGAGAUCGACGAAUUGAUCCGGACAAGGAUAAGAACUUCCUACUCAGUGGGGACAACCAUCUGAUUGUGGUGUCAGCUCAAACCGGCGACUCUGGGAACUACACUUGUGCCGCUGAAAACAUUGCUUCCACCCGGUAUAGCGACCCUGCCACGUUGACCGUGUUCGCGGAUGGCACUUGGAGUCUUUGGUCAUCUUGGUCGUCAUGUUCUACCCCUUGUGGAAAGGGCAGCCAGAAAAGAACCAGGUCUUGCAAGGUCCCCAAAAGUGGAGGUCAACCCUGUGAAGGCCCUCCGGUUCAGAAGCGCUCAUGUGGGUCUCCGUGUAAUGGUCAGAUUGAUGGUAAUUGGGCCCAAUGGUCAUCUUGGUCAUCCUGCAGUCCCGAGUGCUUCCAACACCGCCGAAGAACCUGUUCCAAUCCUGCUCCCUCCGCCAAUGGAAGAUACUGCGAUGGCUUGGAUUUGGAGAGUCGCAAUUGCUCGAACGGAUUUUGUCAAAGUGAUCGAAAAUUAGUCGUGUAUGGCCAAGUGACCGACGCGCCCCCUGACGUGUCUUCAGCGCAAGCCCAAUUCGACUCCAACGUGGUCAUCUACAUAUCUUGCACCGUGGCCAUCCUCGUGUUCAUUCUGCUCAUACUCAUUGCCAUCAAAGUGAUCCGACGGAAAUCGCCCAACCCAAACGGAUACACCCUCACGUCCACGGAUUACGGUUAUGGGUCGGAUGAGAGCAAAAAAACGGCCAGUUUGGGCUAUUCCCCAGACAUCGUCGGUGCUACCAUUGGAGCCGGAGGAGCCAUCACGCCCACCACCGUGUGCUAUGAGUACAGCUAUCCGGAUAGUAACUCCAAUCACUCCAAAUCAGGGUUUGUUCGACCAGUGAGUGAGCAUCACUAUGAGCAGCCCAUGGUCGUGUUUCCCCCGAAUCAGAGCCCCGCAGACAGUAUUGGCAAGCCCACCCGCUCAGAGGCCAGUACUUCAACCACCGGAAGCAGUUCUCAUGGGAAAGGCCGAAGUCCUCAAUCCACAGCUACUUUCGAAGGGAAGAGGAGCAUCUCAUUUCCCCUGGCGUCCACCCCACUCCCUUCCUCGAGUGAUCCAAAGUUCACCACUUGGGCCAAUGUGGGCCACAAUGGGGCACGAGUCUCACUACCAGAUUCAAAUGUCUUCCUGACGGUUCCCCCGGGAGCUCUCCCACCUGGACAAACUGUGGAUCUGUAUCUGUCAGUGAUUCAUAAUGUGCAACACCCUCAAUUGCUGGGGCGCGAGACUCUUCUGGCACCUUUGGUCAUUUGUGGGCCAAAGGACGUCUCCAACAAGUUAAAGAAACCGGUGAUUUUGAGUCUGCCCCAUAGUGCUUCUCUACGUCAUGGGAACUGGUCGGUGUCGGUGUUGCAGAACAAUGAUUUCAAUCAGGAGAUUUCCAGCCCCGGAUGGCAUAAAAUCGUGACGCUUGGCCAAGAGACUAUCAACACCCCAGUGUAUGCUCAACUGGACUUGAAUAUGUGCCACAUCAUGACCGACCAUUUAAGUGCCAUGACUGUGACGGGGGAGUCGGCCAAGUCUGGGCCAGCCAUGAAAGGUCUGCGAUUGGCUUCCUUUGCCCAAGAGGGAUUCCCGGCAUCCGACCUGACAAUUAGGAUCUAUUGCCUCCCUGACACGGAUGACGCGCUUAAUUAUGUCACGGAAGCCGAGAGGCGUUACAAUGGCCGACUCCUCGAUAGUCCACUGUCCGUGCUACUUCAGGAUGGUGGCGAGCCUCUGUGUUUGAAAAUUGAGGGCCUCAGCUCGAACUGGAUUUGCCAGAAGGGAGCCGACUACCUUGAAGUUCCGUUCCAUCACAUUUGGAACUCUUGCAAUCCUAGUCUACAUUGCUCUUUCACAUUUCGGUGCCGCUCUGGGUCGAACCGGACCAAGCUUCACGCCACCAUUGGCAUCUCCCAGAGGCACGUGACCUCCAAGUCUCUACUUAAAAUCAAUUGUGAUCUCAGCCAGAGGAGCAUCCCACCCCCUCAACCUCCGGCAACUUUGCCCCAUGAGCAGCUCUCCACCAACAAAUUUCGAUUAUCCCAAGCUCUGAUUCAAAUGCUCUCGAACCUAUUGGAUCCCCCCAAUCAACAAGGAACUGAUUGGCGCUUGCUCGCCGAGAGACUCAACGUUCACCGGUACGUGACAUACUUUGCCACGCGACCAAGUCCCACCGAGGCCAUCUUAAACCUUUGGGAGGCCCGCAACCGAGAACUUUUGGCCAUGUCAAAUUUAAGCAACGUCCUCCGGGGCAUGGGUAGAUUCGAUGCUGCCAAUGUUUUGGAACGAGACGGAGGUACUUGCUAAAUGAAGAGCAGUAAUGCUUACUAACCAACCCAGUGUGCUUUGAGGGUCUGGCUCGAACCGAGACCCCGCCACCUUUGACUCACGUACCCAUUCACUCAGCUCAGAAGCCAUGAAACAAGCAAUCAACUAUCAAGUUUAACUUGGUUUGCCAUGCUGUCGAAAUUUCCCAAUAAAUAUAUUUAGAACGAUGUUAUAGACCUAACCUUCAAAUGAAUAAAGUACGAAGUUUUAUAGCACA